AUUAUAUUCCUUCGGUUUAUUUCUUCCCUUGGCAAUUGUGAGCUCCUGAUAAGCAAACUUUUCUACCCCAAAUGGGAAACGAAUCCAAUCCAAACAAGCCCCAUUAUGACAUAACCAUGUCAAGAAGAACCCGAAAACCACAUUCAAGAGCACUCUUUGGAGAGAAAGUGAGUGCUUUGAAUGACGAUGAUGAAGACAAACAAGUUGGAAAGCAGAAGGGGAAAAAGUUCAUAGAAAUUAUCAGUGAAAAGGAAGAGGAUGCUGAAUGCAGAAGCUCACUUGAGGAAUAUUUCACGGAGGAAGACAAUCAACUUCAGUUGGUGGUGAAACAACAUGAAAAGGAAGUUGAUGGGGUAAAUCUGAAGAAAAUGGUGAGUCGUUGUGCCAAAAUGUGGGGACAUAUGAUUAAGAUCAAAGGAGGAUCUAGAAAAAAGCGUGUUCUUCAGCUUACCAUGUGACAUACUAAUGAUCAAGGUGGGAUGACGUUUUUCUAUCCUCGAUCUAUAUAUGUUUUUGAUACAAACAUAUCUUAUUAAAGGAAUGUAGUAUAUAAAUGAUUGUGCAUAAGAUAAAUAAUGUUUUGAGUGGCUUUAUUAUGCACAAGUCUUUUGUAGAUUUGUAGGUCCAUAUAAUGGACCAUGCAAUUUUUGAACUCGUUCCUGCUAUACGAUAAAUACUACUUUACAUAUUAAUGUAUGGGCUUAUCUAUAUAUACAUACAGACAAAGCACGUUGACAUUUAGGAAAGAUUUGUUUUUUGCUUGCAUUAGGUAGAAAUGAGUCGAA